UAUAUAUGUGAUAGAUGAAGUAGAGAUGAACGUGCGUGGCAUUUAGCAGGAGAAAGUUGUAAAAGAAAGAUAAAGGAUGGAAAAAGGGUUGCUAUUGAAGGAGGUAGAAAGAGACGAAGGGUUGAAAAGAAGAAUUGAAGUUGUAAGAUGGAGAGAAAUAGGAGAGGAGAUGAAAAGAGUGAGUUGGUUAGCAUGUCCAAUGGUAGUUGUGAUAAUGUCUCAAUAUUUAUUACAAGUGAUAUCCAUUAUGAUGGUUGGUCAUCUUGGGGAGCUUUAUCUCUCCAGUACCGCUAUUGCUGUCUCUCUUUCUGGUGUCACCGGCUUUAGCCUUAUGCUAGGGAUGGCAAGCGCAUUAGAGACAAUAAGCGGACAAGCUUAUGGAGCACAGCAGUACAAGAAGAUAGGAACACAAACAUACACAGCCAUUUUCUCACUCACAUUAGUUUGCAUCCCUCUCUCUGUGCUAUGGAUUUACAUGGAGAAAAUACUCGUUUUCAUAGGCCAAGACCCUUCAAUAUCACAUGAAGCUGGAAAAUUCUCGAUAUACCUUUUGCCUGCUCUCUUUGGUUACGCAAUUCUUCAAGCUAUUGUUCGUUUCUUCCAAUCUCAAAGUUUGGUCAUGCCUAUGGUUGCAAGCUCCUGCGUCACUUUGUGCCUCCACAUACCCAUUUGUUGGGCUUUGGUAUUCAAAUCCGGGCUUCAAAACCUUGGAGCCGCUAUUGCAAUGGGCAUAUCAUAUUGGUUGAAUGUACUUUUUCUGGCUUUAUACAUGAAGUUCUCCUCUUCGUGUGCAGCAACUCGUUCUCCCAUCUCUAUGGAACUAUUUCAUGGAAUUGGGGAAUUCUUCCGCUUUGCUAUUCCUUCCGCUGUAAUGAUUUGUUUAGAAUGGUGGUCAUUUGAGUUGUUGAUUUUGCUAUCAGGCCUUCUACCAAAUCCACAACUCGAGACUUCUAUUCUUUCUAUAUGCUUGACAACUUCAUCAACUCUCUAUGCAAUACCUUGUGGAGUUGGAGCUGCUGCAAGCACUAGAGUCUCCAAUGAACUUGGGGAUGGAACCCCACAGGGAGCUCGUAGAGCUGCUUGUGGAGUUGUGGCGAUUGGUAUGGCGAAUGGUCUAGUUAUAAGCUCAGUACUUUUCGCUACACGAAGAGUUUUUGGCUACACUUUCAGCAAUGAGAAGGAAGUUGUCAAUUAUGUCACCGUGAUGGCACCUUUGAUCUGUGUCAGUGUUAUAAUAGACAGCCUACAAGGUGUUCUUUCGGGUGUUGCUAGGGGAUGCGGAUGGCAACAUAUAGGUGCUUAUGUAAAUCUUGGUGCAUUCUAUAUUUUCGGAAUUCCUAUUGCCGCAUUGUUAGGCUUCUGGGUGGACAUGAAGGGAAGGGGUCUUUGGAUUGGGAUUCUCCUUGGUGCUUUUGUGCAGACAACACUUCUAGCUAUCAUAACAAUCAGUACAAAUUGGGAAGAGGCGGCAAGAAAAGCAUUGCAAAGAAUAUCCAAAAGUGUAAAUGGGGAUGAGCAAAGACUAUUGAUUAAUUAACUAGUUUGGAUGAGCGAAAUACUGCCUACUAAAUCACAAGCUUUCAAUGACAUGACAAUAAUUGCCUAGUGGAAAGAUGGUGCUUCAAGCUGCUUCAAGCUUUGCUUUUCAACGUGAAGAAUAGAUAAUUUUUUUUUUUUUUUUUUUACAGGAAAGAAUAGAAAACAUUGAAUAUAGGAAAUGAUUUUUUUUUUUAAGCAGAGAAUUGUAUGAUGAGAAGUACUCCAUCCGUUCUUUUUUUUCUUUUCAAUUGUAAUCUUGACACUAUUUAUUAUUAAAAAAAGAAUCUUCUUAAUUUUAUUCAA